CCCAGGACCACGCUUUUGGAGGGAGUCCUCGCCUUUUUGGAGGGAGAGAUCAAUAAACGCACGCCUGCUCGCAACAACGCCCCGAUGAUACGAGCACGCACGCUGCGACAGAUAUGAGCGGCAUGGAUCUGUUGCCGUUUUUGAACGUCACAUGUACGGAAUGUCAAGACCUGGGACCUCCUCCAAACUCAAUUUUGGCCAUCCCCCCACCACCACUUCCAGGGUUCCUCCUACGACCCCCUACCCCUGACAAUCACACCCCCUCAUGUGGCGCCCUCUGUGACUGGAACCCUGGACAUGCAGAGUUUGUCGAACUGUUAGUCCCAGAAGCUGCUGACUCCUCGGAGACCCAUGAACCGCCCUCUGGCACCCAGCUUGGAGCCCCCACAGACGACACAUGGUUCCUGGUCCUGGUGACGUCAUGUGUAGGAGUCCUGGUGCUCAGCUUUCUCCUAACUUUGUUCCUUCUGAGGCUUAAACAUUAUUUCAGAGACCGCAGCAGCAAAGUGUCCCUCUCACUAGACCCCGGUGUGAAGAGCUGUGAGGCCGUGUUGUACCCUGGAAGUGUCGGUGACUCCAGAGUUCUAUGGACUACUCUGACUCCCCGGGGACCCGCCACCACCCUCGCUCCCACCCAAGGAACAACCACUCCCUCCAGGAGCUUCGACAACUCCGGCUACAUCGACCCCGACGACUACCUCAGGCUACGGCCCAGAGUGUCGUCCCCCACUAGGAUAGAACAUCCGAACCUUCCACCUCUUAACCUCCACCGGGCCCUGCGUCGAGAGUCCUCGGACACCGCCCCCAUCGUGUAAUAGUUCCUGGAGUUCCCUGUUGUCGAAGGGAAAUAGUAUUUAGGGUAAAGGACACGAUUUGUUAAAGAAAGGUACUGCGAGGAGUUUUUUUUUUUUCAAAUAAGAAACUAGUUUUUUUAUUUCCUUUUAAUCCCUGGUCGCCAACAAUUGUCUAGUAGGCCAUUGUUAGUAGUACUCACCUUCAAAUCUGAAGGUCGCUGGGUCGAUUUCAAGUUACAGAUCGAUUCCGAACACACAUGCCUUUAUCUUUGGGCUAUAGUGUAUGAUCAAAAAAGGCUAGACAAUAACAUUGCCAAAAGCAUUAGCAAAUAAGUCAACUUGGUUAACUUAUAAGGAUUAUGUUUUUGAACGAUUGUUCGUACGAAUUUAUUAAUCGUUUUCUUUGGGAGUUCUAUUGAGUUGUUGUAUGUUGAUUUGUUAAACUAACGUAAAAUGUUUUGCAAAACAUUAAAAAUUAAUAAUUAUCUAAAACAUAAAUUAAAGCUAAACUAGUUAACCGUUCUUAAAAUGUCACCUUAAUCAAAAACAGUUCCAUGGCACAUAGUUGUAGUUGAGAAUGAUUAAGUCAGAUUCAGACUACGAAGUGUAAGAAAAGUUUAAGCUAAAACAAUCAAAGAAAAUUGCUAUGUAUAUGCUGGAAGCUUAGAAAAGAAAAUUGCUUCAGAAUCGCAAAACAACGCGUUCAGCUCAGAUACAAGUAUGUGUAAUACAGUUAGGCAAAAGAUAAAUGCUCAAUAUUAAACUGAAGAUUAAGUUUAAAUAUAUGGAAAAUAUCAUCGAUUAGGAAAAUAUUAGGAAAAGUUUAGAUGCUCGUUUAACAUCUUGCAGGGAUUAACUUCUUGCAGUGACAGAGUUAUUUUCAGCAAUACUUUAUACAAAAUUAAGUUAUCGAUGCUUUCGCUACAUAUUUUCUAUAAUAUGUAGCCUACAUUUUUUGGAUAGAAAUGAGAAUGUUUAACGAAGGAUGGCUGGUGCUUGAUUCAUACUCGCUUGUUGUGAAUUGUGUAUAUUUUUAUGAUCAAUAUUGUACCUAGAUGUAUGUACCUACAAAAUCUAGUCAUUGUAAACUCAAAAUGUAGUUCUUUUUCAAUAAACUUCAUUGAAAAAUUAAA